GAGAAAGUGGUCCCAGCAGUCCAAACACACUUGACACUUGACACUUGGGAUGCUGCUCGCACUGCUGCCUGUCCGGUACAGGUACAUAAAAUGUCGUCCGCAGGGGAUUCCAGGGCGGUGCAGAAAGACAAAUGGAGGAAGGUGUUUGUUUCAUACCUCACGAAAUGUUGCUGACUGAAGCUUCUUGGCCCCACUUUGGACUGCAUCUGUGCUGUGUUAGUUCUAGCUAUUCACCGCAACAAACACAGCCAACAGCUGUACCUCGCCCCCCGACUACAACCACAGCGCACAAUACACUACCUCUCCUCGUGCGGCACACUGCACUCUCACGACACCACUGUCGCAUAGCAAUCCUACUACCACAACUCGGACCGUCACCAUGUCGGCGCCAAACAAGGACGACCUGGAGCCUGAGGUCACGGAGGGGUUCAAGGUGGGCGAGAAGAAGACGAUUGACGAGUACCAGCAGCUAGACCAAGGAGACGAAUCUCUCCGCAAAUACAAAGAAUCUCUCGGACUUGGCGGUGGCACCCGCAUUGGUGACCCCAACGACCCACGGCAAGUCAUCAUCAAAUCUCUAGGUCUUGAAGUCGAAGGUCGUCCAGACAUCAUCAUCAACCUCGAAAAGGAAGGCGCCCUCGCAGAUCUCAAGAACCACCCCUUCACCAUCAAGGAAGGAGCUACGUUUCGCAUGAAGGCCAUUUUCACCGUUCAUCACCAGAUUCUGAGUGGGUUGAAGUAUGUGCAGGUGGUUUCGAGGGGGCCCUUGAAGAAUAAGAUGCAGGAAAUGAUUGGCUCAUACUCCCCCAACACAACCGAAAAGCCCACCUAUGAAAAGAAAUUCGAACCCGACACCGCACCCACAGGCAUGUUGGGACGAGGCAAAUACAGCGCCGUCAGCAAAUUUGUCGAUGACGAUAAAGUGACUCAUCUGGAAUUCGCGUGGACAUUUGAAAUCAAGAAGGAUUGGUAAAGAACCUAGGGGGUGAUGCAUGUGGUGGCGAUGGCGGUGAUGGUGUUGGUGUUGGUGUUAAGAGGUAAUGUACCUUUGGUAGUAGCCAGCUACAUACCGUAAGGUACAGUAAAGAGGUACAGUAAAGAGGUACAGGUACAGGUAGCCAGCCAUAGGUACCAAUAUGGUACCUAUAUGCCUGAUCUUUGCUUGCAUCGUCGAGGAGAAGAAAGCCCUUUCCUGCUACCUACCGUACCUAGGUACCUUACCUUGUCAUGAAGAAUCAAUCUCACACGCACAGCACCCAAAACUCAACCAAGAAUGAAUUGACCGAAUUCCAAUAGGGUAGAGUCUUGCCAUGUAUUGGCCCAAGUACGUGCUGCACGCUGCUGGUGACAAGAUUU